CUUCUCUGCCUCCUCACAAAAGUCCCUGUGAGGGACUGAAACCUUGAGGCCAAUUGUGACUCUAUAAAAAUAAGAUUGAAAUUGUUGCUAUAAGAAGUCUACCCCCCCGUAUCGCAGAGAUCACAUGAUCGGAGCCAUGGCCGGACUCAGGAUAACCACCAUCUUUACAUUCAUGUCCCUUAUAAUAACCCUUCAGACUUCAUCUGCACAGAGGUUUGACAUUAAGGUCACAGAGACACCAGUUAUUGCCCCUGUGGGUAGUGAUGCAGAUCUGGGCUGUUCCCUGGUACCUGCAGACAGCGCUGAGAGUAUGACAAUCAAGUUCCAUCGGGGAGACCCAAACUCCUAUGUGUAUGUGUAUAACAAGAAUCCCUAUGACCCCGGCAGUCAGGAUGAGAAGUAUAAGGACAGGACAGAGUUUCUGACAGAGAACAUCAGACAAGGACAAGUGACAUUAAAGAUAAAGAACGUUCAGCCGUCGGACACAGGGAGCUACACCUGCCUGUUUGUUGCUCCCAAUCAUUACAGCACAGGAAUUGUGGAACUACAGCUGGCAGGAAACUAUCGAGCAGCACCUAGAAAUGAUCAAGAAGCUUGUAAUAAUAAUCAAGAAGCAUCUAAAAACUAUCAAGCAGCAUCUAAAAGAUUUCAAGCAGCAUCCAAAAGAUUUCAAGCAGCGUCUAAAAGAUUUCAAGCAUCUAAGGCGGGAUAGAGAGACGACACUGGACUGAGGCUCUUAAUGAUGUCCUCACCGGGUCCCCGCUUCAUCCCUUUUAUGUCUCCCACAUAUAUAAUCCCCGUGCUGCAUGGCUGGUUAGCAAUGAGUAAAAAUGCUGCAGGACACACUGAGUUCUAAAAGAAAAAAAAUUUCACGCUGUCGUGUAAAAAUGGUUGUGGUCACGUCAAAAAAAGGGCGCAGCCACGGCAAACUGGGCGUGGUCAAAUCAAAUUGGGCGUGGUUGCAUCAGAAAAGGGUGCUGUUGCGUCAAAAAAACACAGGCAACAAAAAAACCUGCGGGCGCCCCCCAAAAAAAUUCGCCAUUUUUCGAAUCUUCUUGCUGUUUCGCAAAUUUUAUGGCGAUGCAAAACGGGACAGAUUCGCUCAUCACUACUGUUAUGUAUUUAGUACAGAUCAGGAGAAAGCUUUCCUCACAGUGGUGCAAUCUAGAAUAGCUGCUUUUUAUUUGUUGCCCUAACAACAAGUAUACAUGAUCUUUUGUUUCCUUCUCUCAAAGAUCCUUCAGAGCUUGGCAGGAGUCUACUCAGUUUGCUCC